CCCAAGGAGAUUCAUAGCCCAAAAACUUUCGUUCAGCUGACUCGCUCUGCUGGCGCCGAAUCUAUUCGGAUAAAGAGGAUUUCUAGCCACGGGAAGACAAUCGUAAAGUUCAAGCUUCGGACCAAACAGUACUUGUACACGAUCUGUGUUAAGGAUGCGAAGAACGUGGAGAGACUCCGGCAAAGUCUGCCACCAAGUCUCCCCGUAACCGACUUGCCAUCAUCGUCCGGGUCUGCCUAAUUGCCCCUCUCAUUCUCACCUGUCUCUUUCGCCUGACUCUUGACUUAUCUGCAACGGUUGGCAAUUCGAGCAUUAAGACACACUAUGGUACUAUGCAGUAUGACCCAAGCCGGCACUUAAUUGUGACAUAAUGUCUAUCAAUGAAGCUGAAAUCCCUCUGCUCUGUACGAGAAGUAGCGAUGUACCUGUCGCAUGAGUCAUUGCAAUGGGAUUCAUUCAAAAAGAAUAGGAUUUUACAUCUCGCUCCAAGGAGACGGUACAAAAACCACAAGCAAUAUUCAUCCUGU